UACAAAAUGAGAGACAGCGGACAAAGGCGGAAAAUGGACUGCUGGUGGGUUUUCCGGUUGUUGUUGCUGUGCUAUGGGGAGCAGAUUUUGGCUCAGCUAAGAUACUCUGUUCCAGAAGAAAUGAAACUGGGAUCCGUUGUUGGAAAUGUCGCCAAGGAUUUAGGACUUGACAUAAGUACAUUGGCAAACAGGCGAUUCCGUAUCGUCUCUGGUUCGAAUGACGCUCUGUUUCAGUUAAAUCACAACAAUGGGAUGCUGUAUGUUCAAAAGAAUAUUGACCGCGAAGAGCUUUGUGAUGGAGUCACUGCAUGUUUGAUAAACCUCAAAGUUGUUGUUGAAAACCCUCUGGAAAUACAUUACGUCGGUGUUGAAAUAACGGAUGUAAAUGACCAUUCGCCUACGUUUCCAGAAAGUGAGCAACGCUUGGAAAUAGCAGAACAUAUUCCUCCAGGUACUCGUUUCCAAAUACACGCAGCGAGAGACCCUGAUGUGGGGAUACAGUCAGUUCGGUUUUACAGGUUAAGCUCAAAUGAAAUGUUUGAUAUUGAUGUUAGAGACAGUGAAGAGGACAAGAUACCAUUUUUAGUGCUGAAAAAGCCUUUGGAUAGGGAGCAAAAGGCAGAACAUUAUUUAGUAUUAACUGCCCUCGAUGGAGGUAGCCCACCGAAAUCUGGGAGCCUUAAUUUAACUAUCACAGUAUUAGAUGCUAAUGAUAAUCGUCCUUUAUUCAGUCAAGAUACAUAUACCGUCACAUUAUAUGAAAAUGCGCCCAUUGGAACUCUCGUUAUUAAAUUAAACGCUACAGAUUUAGAUGAAGGUCCGAACAGCGCAAUUGAAUACACCUUCGGCAAAACACAGAAGAAAAAAGUGUAUGAUACGUUUGCAUUAGAUAGCAUCACUGGCGAAAUUCGAGUGAAAGGAAAUGUUGACUUUGAGGACACUGAAGUUUACAGACUGGAUUUGCAGGCUUCUGAUAAAGGCCAGCCACCCUGGACGGCCGAAUGUAGAGUUGUCAUAAAAAUAAAAGAUGUUAAUGAUAAUAAACCAGAUAUAGAAAUCACUUCAUUGUCUAGCGUAGUUCCCGAGGAUUCAAAACCUGGCAGCGUUAUAUCCCUAAUUAGUGUGACUGAUGGAGAUUCUGGUGUCAACGGUAAAGUUAUUUGUACAAUCUCAGGUAAUGUCCCAUUUGGUUUGACACCUUCCAUCCAGGAAAACAUGUACUCUUUGAUCACAAAGGGACGUUUAGACCGAGAAACCGUGUCUUAUUAUAAUAUAACAAUAAUAGCUACUGACUGUGGCCAGCCUCCUCUGACCACUGUAAAGCCAUUAAGCAUUCAAGUGGCAGAUGUCAAUGAUAACAGACCAAAUUUUAGUCAGAGCCCUUUUGAACUAUAUUUAGUGGAGAACAAUGCCCCAGGUGCAUCUAUAUUUUCUGUAAGUGCUUCUGAUGAUGAUUUGAAUGAAAAUGCAGUAAUCACAUAUCAUAUUGUCAGAGAUGGUUGGCAACAGGGUGAUAUGGCAUCUUUCCUUAAUAUCAAUUCUGAAAACGGUAUAAUUUCCGCGCUAAAAAGUUUUGACUUUGAGACUCUGAAAACCUUCCACUUCCAAGUUGUUGCCACAGACUCUGGAACUCCAUCACUGAGCAGCAACGUCACAGUGAACGUGUUCAUUCUGGAUCAGAACGACAACGCUCCAGUCAUCUUGUAUCCAGUCAGCGCGAACGGUUCUGCUGAAGGUGUGGAGGAGAUUCCCCGCAAUGUGAACGCAGGCCACCUGGUGACUAAAGUGAGAGCCUAUGACCCAGAUAUAGGAUAUAACGGGUGGUUGUUGUUUUCACUGCAGGAAGUGAGUGACCACAGUCUGUUUGGUUUGGACCGCUAUACAGGACAGAUAAGAACACUUCGCUCAUUCACAGAGACAGAUGAGGCUGAGCAUAAACUGGUCAUACUGGUGAAAGACAAUGGGAACGUUUCCCUGUCAGCAACAGCUACUGUGAUUGUCAAGGCUGUGGAGCCCAAAGAGGCUUUUGCAGCUUCAGAUGUCAAAAGUGCAGCAAAUGUUGAAGAAGAGAGUAAUGUGACAUUUUAUCUUAUAAUAACUUUGGGCUCAGUUUCAACACUGUUGCUCAUUAGUAUCAUUGCUCUGAUUGUAAUGCAGUGCUCCAAACCCACAGACUAUUCCCCCAAGUAUUUACAAGACACGAACUAUGACGGGACUCUAUGCCACAGCAUUCAGUACAGAUCUGGGGACAAACGGUACAUGUUAGUUGGACCUAGAAUGAGUAUAGGAUCUACUAUAGUUCCGGGCAGCAAUGCGAAUACUCUAAUGGUCGCCGACAGGAGACGGGCAUCUGAAGAGCGUCUGUUAGUUUUGUAUGAGUUAUAUGUCUACCGGUAA